UUAAUGACGCAUAGCGCAUAUGUAACAGCUAUAUUUGAUAUAGAAGGUAAGGGUAAGGAAUUUACCCGUGGCAUUUAUAAUUCUUCUAAUGUAUAUAAAAUAAAUAAGCAGGUUGUUAAAGUUGAAUUUUAUGUACAAGAACUUGCCUCGCUUGGGCUCAAUAUAAAAAGUAAAAGUUUUUUAGUAUUUCAAGGGACCAUUGAAACUAUGUGCGUAACAAGUCCUAAAGAAAUUUCUAUUAUGUUUGAUGAAAUUAGUAAGUCUGCUGAAUUAAAAUCAAAAUAUGAAAGAUUAAAAAAUAAAAUGCAUGAUAUUGAUUUAGACCUACGUCAUAUUAUUCAAAAGAAAAGAUCUCUCUUAACUGAAAAGAAACGUCUUUUAAUGCAACAACAGGAAGCAGAAGAAUAUAAUUUAUUACAAGAGGAAUAUCAUGAUAAAAAAACAGAAUUACAAUUAUUCAGAUUGUUUCAUAUAAGAAGAGAAUUUGGUGAUUUGAAAUUAUUUCGAAUUGAUAAUAUAUCCAAAAUGAAUAAAUAUGAGGAUGAGAAAAAAAAUGCAGAGAUUAUAUUGGAACAAAGUAAGAAUAAAUAUUUUGAAGUAAUAAAUCAAGAAGCAACGAUCGAAAAUAAUUUGACAACAAUGGAUCUACAACAGACUCAUCAAACUACGAAAUUGAUUGCUGCUAAAGAAAAAAUUUCUCAUUUACAACAAAAGAUUUCAUUUAUUCGUACAUCUUUAACUAAAGCAUGUCUUGCAAAUGAAAUCCAUGAUAAAACUAUGAAAGAUUUACAAAAGGAAUUAGCUAAAGUAGAGGUAUUAAAAGCGAAUUUAACACAAAGCAUUACAAGUGAACUUGAAUCACAAGGAAGCAACAUGGAAUUGGACAAUGCACAAGUAAAAGAAUAUUACCUUUUAAAAGGUACAGCCCAACGAGAGUGCGUAAAAUUUACGAAAAAUCUAAAUCUUCUUAAAUACGAACAAGAGAAUGAUCAAAAUAAACUUGAUAAUGAAAAACGGAAAAAAGUUGAAAUAGAAGAUAAAAAGAAAAAAUUGCAAUUCAUGUUAAAGGAAAUGGAAAAGCGAAUGGAACGAUUAGAGCAAUAUGUAAUGAAAACUGAAGUUACUUUAAUAGAGGAAAAAAAAAUGGGACAUGAUCUUGAAACUGAAAUAACACAAAAUAAGAUUGCAAUGGAAGAAAUGCAAGUGGAACUUGAUAAAAUUACAAAUAAACUAAAUGAAAUUACAGCAGAUAAAUUUGCAGUUUCAAGAGAAUGCCAAAAAUUAAAUACAAUUACAAUUUUAAAAAAUCUGUUCCCAGAAGUGUAUGGCCGUUUAUUUAACUUAUGUAAACCAAUUCAUGAACGAUAUAAUAUUGCUGUAACCAAAGUACUUUGGAAAUACAGAGAUGCAAUUAUUGUUAAAACAGAAAAAGUGGCAAAGCAAUGCAUUGAAUAUUUAAAACGACAACAAAUAAGCGUGGAAACAUUUUUACCCCUUGAUUCUUUAAAGAUUCAAUCUCUCAAUGACCAACUAAAGAACAAUAUAAGUAAUAUGAUAUAUCCAAAAACUGUGCAAUAUUUGUAUGAUGUAAUUGAAUACUUUCCUAAAGAAAUUUCUAAUGCUAUUUUAUUUGUGACCAAAAAUACCCUUUUGUGUGAGACAUCAGAGGAUGCUCGAAAAGUUGCAUAUGAAAUUCAUUUGAAUGACAGAUAUACAUGUGUUGCACUUGAUGGAAGUUAUUACCAGAAAUCAGGUAUCAUUUCAGGAGGAUCUAUUGACUUAUCAAACAAAUUUGCAAUAUGGAAAGAUAAACAAAUACAAGAAAUGAAGUUACAAAAGGCAACUUUAAUAGAAAAAAUUAAAGAGACUUCCAAAUGUAUUAGAAAACAAUCUGAGCUUACUGUAAUGAACUCUGAAAUUUUAAGUCUCACCAACAAAUUAAAAUACAGUCGUAUCGAUAUAGACAAUAUUAAAAGACAAAUGAUUGAUUUUACCCAGGAAAUUGAAAAUAUAAAUCAUCAAUUAAUGUCAAUAUUCAAUAAUAUAGAAUCAAUAGAAAAAAUUAUGAAUAAUAGAUAUAACAAAAUUCAGAAUAUUGAAAAUCAGAUAUUCAAUGUGGAAGAUAGAAUUUUUUCUGUUUUUUGUAGAAAUAUUAAUAUCGCCAAUAUUCGUGUAUAUGAAAAAGGCAGACUGAGAAUGCGUGGGGAACAACAAAAACGAGAAUAUGAAUUAGAAAACCAAUAUAAUUGUAUAAAAAAUGCAUUAGAUUUUGAAAAACAUCAUAAUACAAAAGAUGAGAUAAAAAAAUAUGAAAUUGCUGUUCAAACCGCUGAAGAGCAAUUAAAAAUAGAAAUUGAAGAAGAGUCUGCGAUUACACAUGUCAUUGAUAAACAGAAAGAUGAAUUAAAAGAAUUAAGACGCAUCCAUUCAAAUGUAAAAACAGAAGUAACUAAAAUGAAAAACGAAGUUGCACAAUGCAGACAUCAAAUUGGUAUUAUUGCUAAAUUAAUUUUAGAAACAAGAAGGGAACAUACAAUAAUUGAAUUAAAAAUUAAACAGAAAAAACUAGAAACGAAUAAUAUACUUAAGAGUUGUCAGGUUAAAUUGCUUUUGCAAAUUAAUUUUUUUUUAUAAAUACCAAUAAAUAUAAAUUAUUAGUUUAAAAAAACUGCACGAAAUUUUACUUAAGUAUCUUUUAAUCAUUUGCAUUAGAUGGAAGAUAUAAUAAUUCCUAUGUCAAAUCAAAAUACUUCAAAUAAUUCUCCAUGGGUAUCUUCAAUAAAUACUUCAAGUUCAAAUACAGUAGAACAAAGUGAAGAUAAUAUUUUCUCAAAGAUAAAUUUUUCAUUUCUAUUGUAUGAAUUACAAACAAUUAAUGAUGAUCAAUUUGAAAAUGUUAAAACUAAACUAUUAAAACAUAUUAAUGCGAUAAAAAAUAAAUUGAAUUUAAUACCAGCA